AUGACGGCGGAAAGACAAGUUCUUGCUAACAAGGAUACGCAGUCAGCGGCUGUCCCUCAAGCACUAUGGGCCGUUGCGCGCCCAUCACUCAGGGAUCCCUCCCGUCGACUUCCACAGGCGAUUGCUCAUCGCGGUGCAAAAGUCGACUGGCCAGAAAACACAAUGGCCGCCUUCCGAGGCGCAGUUGCAGACGGGGCUCACGCUAUAGAGACAGAUGAUCCAUCCCUGAAGCGUUGCUUUGGGGUAGACGCACGCAUCGCAGAAUGCUCGUGGGAGUAUCUUAGCACUCUACGUACAGUAGCCGAGCCCCAUGAGCCCAUGCCGCGGCUCAAAGACUUCCUUGAGUGGUUGACCGAGCCCGAGUCAGAAAAGAUCUGGGUUGUUCUGGAUAUCAAGUUAAUAGCCGCUAUUGCGAGAGCAUUUGAUAGCGUCCAGGGGCCGGUGUCAUGGGAUCAGCGUAUUGUACUUGGAUGUUGGAACUCACAAUACCUUCACCCAUUUGCGUCAUUCCUACAAGCCGCACGUAGUCAACUCCCGACCUAUCCUCUGGCUCAUAUCAGCGCCUCUCUUUUGUACUCACACCAUUUCCUGAAAAUCCCGAACCUCGGUUUCAACCUCAACCAGAAUACCCUCGUUGGUCCCUCGGGCAAACACUUCUUACGACAGCUCCAACGUACCGACAAGCUUGUUAUGACAUGGACCGUCAACCAGCCUCGUCGUAUGGAAUGGUGCAUCCGUCAGAAUCUAGGCCACCCAAGACUUCCUAACAGGAACGUACAAGGACCGCCACUCAUCGACGGUGUGAUCACCGACAAUCCACGUUUGUAUCUCGAGGUAUGCCAGAAGUUUGAGGAUGAGAUGGAUGGCAAGCUCGUCAGAUCAAACCCGGCGUUGACUCAGAGGGUCAAAAACAAGGCCGAAACUGUCGCUUUCGUGCUAGUCACCCAAGCAUUGAUGAUCGUCUACCAUGUUGUGAGACGAAUGCAAGGCAAAUUUGAUUUUCUUCAAGACCGUCGAACGCUAGAUAAACGGUAG